GCAGAAAGUGAAAUCCUGGGAGGGAAGAACUUGGGGAACAGUAGGACUCAAGAAUCUUUGAAGCUACUUAGGUUGGUAGGUAUAAUGAAGCUGAAUCUGAUGCAGAUCUUUUUCAUGCUGCUGCUGCUGUUGCUGGGUCUGGGGGUGGGCCUGGGCCUGGGGCUUCAUAUGGCUGCAGCGGUCCUAGAGGACAGUGAUCAGCCAUUGAACGAAUUUUGGUCCAGUGACUCACAGGACAAAGCUGAGGUGACUGAGAAGGCAGAGGCUACUCAAACAGUGGAAAGCCUGGUGCUUAGCAACAAAGCAGAGGUGCAACCUGGCUGGCCAGAAGAGACCAUCCUUGGUGAAGAUGAGGUUGGUGGAAACAAGCUGCUGAGAGCUGACUCUCCCUCUCAGAGCAACAAAGACUAUCUUCUGCUUGACCUGACAGCGAGGGAGUGCAAUGCCUUGAUGGCAAACAAGGUGAAAGAGCACAACCAGAGCUGCAUAAAUGAGUAUACUUUCAUCCACGAGGAUCCCGAAACAGUCAAAGCUGUCUGUAACAGCCCCGUUGUUCCCUGUAUGCUCAAGGGGGGGGAAUGUCACAAAAGCUCUCAUCCUUUUGAUUUGACGUUCUGUAAGUUGUCCAAACCAGGCCAAAUCACCCCAAACUGCAAUUACCUAACUAUCAUUAUGGAAAAGUUCAUUGUUAUAAGUUGUAAUGACAGGAAGAUCCACUUAGCAACUGGACAAUGAAACAACUUAUCCUCUUUUUUCUCUUCACCUUCUCCUGGUCCUCUUCCUUUUCUACUUUUCCUUUUUCAUGUUGCUUUCCUCCUCUUAGGGAUUCAGCAGAGAAAGUCCUGAGAAGAAAGGAUGGGCUAUUCUUUGUCAUUUUUCUCUAGAAAAUAUAAAUCUUCUUUGUCCUAUGGAUCACCCAACCUGCAUUUUGUUCCUGGGAUUCAAGAUGGCAGGAUAGGGUGACGAUCCUUACAUCCCUCCCGUUCCCUGGCCUGGAAAGGACUAAGUGAAGAGCUGCCCUAGUGCCUACUGUGGUCCUGGUGGCCAGUCUGCUCCCUGGGCUGAGUUUGCCUCUGGGUAUGGACUGGAAGAGUUUAAUGCAUCCUUUGUCUGUGUCUUUCCAUGGUUCCCACCCUGAGCCUGUGCAGCAAUAAGAUGAGACUCCUGGGCUUUGCACAACUUCACUUCUCUCCUGUGGACGCAAUUAAAGCAAUUUUGUGACUGCAUCUGGAGAAUCGUGGACCAGUCUGGAGAGAGGUGACGAGACGCUCUGGGAAGGAAGCACAGUGUGUGGUAUUUGGGGAGCAGACCGACCCAUUUCCUUAGAGCCCAGAGAGGAAAUCCCAUUGGUGGAGAGAUGAAGCAAGUUACAAC